CCGCCUCUUCCGGUGACAUCAUACCUCUAGGGAGCAACUCCAUUCUAGUAACUACCAGUCGCUGAUGCUAGUUGGCAAUAUGGCAGUGCUAAGUGUGGCGUCGCGUCAAUUGAGGAAGAGGUUUCUAUCUGGCACAGGCAGCAAGAAAUUGGCCUCAGUGUCUCAUGCAUUAACUCGGUAUUUACACUUCACUUUGUAUGGCAAGAAGCAUGCAUCUGCUAAAGUCUCAGAUUCGAUUUCAACACAAUAUCCUGUUGUGGACCAUGAGUUUGAUGCAGUCGUGGUGGGUGCUGGUGGUGCAGGAUUGAGAGCAGCAUUUGGCUUAUCUGAAGCAGGCUUUAGUACAGCAUGUAUCACAAAGUUAUUUCCUACAAGAUCUCAUACAGUAGCCGCACAGGGUGGCAUAAAUGCAGCUUUGGGUAACAUGGAAGAUGAUGACUGGAGGUGGCACUUUUAUGACACAGUAAAAGGUUCUGAUUGGUUGGGUGAUCAAGAUGCCAUCCAUUACAUGACAGAACAAGCACCUGCAUCUGUUAUAGAGAUAGGUGAUAUCUUUAAAGGCAAGAUUGGAAUGGCAGAUAAGCAGCUUGAAAACUAUGGAAUGCCUUUCAGCAGAACUGAGCAAGGGAAGAUCUACCAGCGUGCUUUCGGAGGGCAAAGCCUGAAGUAUGGGAAAGGUGGGCAGGCUCAUCGCUGCUGCUGUGUUGCAGACAGGACUGGACAUUCAUUGUUACACACUUUGUAUGGAAGGUCUCUCCGAUAUGACACCAGCUAUUUUGUUGAGUAUUUUGCCUUGGACCUCCUAAUGGAAAAUGGAGAAUGUCGUGGUGUUAUUGCUUUAUGCAUGGAAGAUGGAUCCAUACACCGCUUCAAGGCUAAGAACACAGUUAUAGCUACUGGGGGAUAUGGAAGAACUUAUUUUAGCUGCACCUCUGCUCACACAUGUACUGGUGAUGGCAGCGCCAUGGUGACACGAGCUGGACUACCCUGCCAAGACAUGGAGUUUGUACAGUUUCAUCCGACAGGUAUUUAUGGAGCCGGAUGUUUGAUUACUGAAGGAUGCCGUGGUGAGGGAGGAAUUCUUAUUAACAGUAAGGGUGAAAGAUUCAUGGAAAGAUAUGCUCCUGUAGCUAAGGACCUUGCCUCUCGUGAUGUUGUUUCCCGAUCUAUGACCAUUGAGAUCCGUGAAGGAAGAGGCUGUGGGCCAGAUAAAGACCAUGUCUAUUUACAGCUUCACCAUCUUCCCCCUCAGCAAUUGGCUUCCCGUCUGCCAGGCAUUUCAGAGACUGCAAUGAUCUUUGCAGGGGUUGAUGUCACAAAGGAGCCUAUACCUGUCCUGCCCACAGUCCAUUAUAACAUGGGAGGCAUUCCAACAAACUACAAAGGUCAAGUGAUUAUUCAUGAAAAUGGACAAGACCAAGUGGUUUCUGGUCUAUAUGCAUGUGGUGAGGCCGCUUCAGCCUCUGUACAUGGUGCCAACCGACUUGGUGCAAACUCCCUCCUAGAUUUGGUUGUGUUUGGCCGUGCCUGUGCUCUUAGCAUAGCAGAGACCUGCAGGCCAGGAGAAGCAUUGCCUCCUAUAAAAGCUAAUGCUGGAGAGGAAUCUGUUGUGAAUCUGGACAAAUUACGGUUUGCCAAUGGAAGCACAAGAACUUCAGAGCUGAGAAUCAACAUGCAGAAGACUAUGCAGAGUCAUGCUGCUGUUUUCCGAACCGGCUCGGUACUACAGGAAGGCUGUGAAAAGUUGAGUGCAAUCAAUGCAUGCAUGGAUGACCUCAAAACAUUUGACAGAGGAAUCAUUUGGAAUACUGAUUUGGUGGAGGCCCUUGAGUUACAAAACCUAAUGCUUAAUGCACUUCAGACUAUUUAUGGCGCUGAAGCUCGGAAAGAAAGUCGUGGGGCUCAUGCCAGAGAGGACUACAAGGUCAGAGUUGAUGAGUAUGAUUUCUCCAAGCCACUGCAAGGACAGCAGAAGAAGCCUAUUGAAGAACACUGGAGAAAACACACGCUCUCAGUUGUUAAGAAGGGCAAGGUUACAUUAAAAUACAGACCUGUAAUUGACUCAACCCUGGAUGAACAUGACUGUGCAUCAGUCCCUCCUGCCAUCCGAUCGUACUAAGUUGUACUUUGUUCGUUCUUCUGUAGUGAUGAACUUUCACUUGUUGUGUAAGAUAGUUUUCUGGACAUACAGUCCUUAUUCAUGAUAUUUCACUGCUUUGUCAACUUGAAACAUACAUAGUCUUCCUUUUCCAUUAAAGUUCAUUUUAUUCCCAAA